UUACGAACGCCGUUUUUUCACUAAACGCCACCCGACUGACGGUGUAUUUGCACUUUGUUUUGUUUCUUGUUACGACAUUGUGUAUUUUAGUGUAAAAGGUGCCAUCAACAAAACAGCAGUCGUGGAUACCGCAGGUGAUUAUCACGAGUCAGUGCUAGUGCCGCCGCCCUGUCAACCUGCCACACCGCCCUACCAGCGGCUAACGAAAGCGCUGCAGUGCGAUCCAAGAUGCGGACACGAGGUAACCAUAGGCCGGCGCAUCGGUCUUUACAGAUUUUGCGGCGAUAUUGGACGUGGCAACUUUUCCAAAGUCAAAUUAGCUGUACACCAACUAACACGCGACAAAGUGGCUAUCAAAGUAGUUGACCGUGGUGGCUUGGAUGCGAAAGCGUUGCGUAUGCUCUCCAGUGAAAUAGCAACGCUCGAAUGCGUACAUCAUCCCAAUAUUUUAAGACUUUUCGAAGUGGUGGAGACUUUGGGACGUGUAUAUCUUGUCACCGAGUGGAUACGCGGCGGCGAGCUCUACAAUCACAUCACCCAGGGUGGCCCGCUGCGGGAGAUACACGCUGCGCCCUUGUUCAAGCAGCUGUUGUUAGCCGUAAAACACAUGCACAGCUUGGGCUUUGUGCAUCGCGAUAUUAAGGCUGAAAAUGUGCUACUGCUAUCAGAGGAUCGCUUGAAGCUGGCUGAUUUCGGUUUUAGCACACAACUUAUCAAUGGUGCCAAUCAGAAGCUGGACACAUUUUGUGGUUCGCCCCCGUAUGCUGCUCCUGAACUGUUCUCCGAUGAUCACUAUGUCGGCGCGCCGGUGGAUGUUUGGGCGCUUGGUAUUUUGCUUUAUUUUAUGGUUGUCGGUAAUAUGCCAUUUCGGGCGCCCACCAUACCGGGCCUGAAAGCGGCGAUAUUGAAAGGAGACUACCUGCUGCCCGGACAAUUGAGUUUACCAUGCAUAAGACUUAUCCAACGCAUUCUCAUCCACAUCCCCGCACGUCGUCCCACCAUUGACGAUAUGCUCACCAGUCAAUUCGUUUGCUAUCCAAAACUCAGCGCCGAACUCAUGCAAUAUGAGAUCAAUUUACGAACGAAGCCCGUCAAGCGCUCCGGUUUCUGGGUGCGCUCAAAGUCACGACGCCUGCGCAAAUCGUAUUCAUUGCGCGAACGCUACAUGGAGGUAACCAAUAAGCCGCCUAUUAAUAUGAAUGCACGCAAAAAUGACGGUGUAUUCGUCGAUAAUUUUUUACAUCCGAUCGAAAUCAAUCGUGAUCUGCCCAACGAACUGUCGAAAGAACCAUCAAAGCCAAACACGCCAAAACGUUCUUUCUUCUGCGGCACGCUAAAGAAGAAAGUUAGCCCAAUGGAAUUGGAGAAGGAACGGCAUUUGGCUAAUGGUAACAGUUGUGAGAAUCGUCAAUGGAAUGCAGAUGUAGUCAUCGAUUGUCCGCUUUUCAAAAACUACGAUGCUGAAACGGGAGAUUUUAUCAUGCUGCCAACGGAUACCGAUGACUUGACAUUAGUGAAACCGCUAGAAUAUGAGGCGCGUCAGCUGCUUGACGAGCUGGGCGUCAACUCUGCAAUGUUGCGUGCCUCCAUACAAAAUGGUCCACGUAGCGAUAUAAUCGGCACUUACCGAAUUAUUGUGAAUCGUCUGCAAAAGCAGUCGUGGUUGGCGCGAAAGCAUGUCGAGCUGGCGCUACAAGAGAUGCCAAAGAUGGAGAAGAAAAUGGAACGCUCAUGCUGCAUACUUUAAGGUGUACAAUAUUCAUGCGUUUACUGCUUUCUCUCUCUCUCUCACUUCCACUACACAAAAACACUACUUGUGCUACUCACAAACUUCCAUAAACUCCUUGUCUCUCUCAUUUCCUCUCAAACUCUAUCUCUCUCUCGCUCUCUCUGCGUAUCAGCGCAUUUGGCUCUGCCUAUUCUUCUGUCUAAGUAAUAGUAGAUAUUAAUUAGUUGCAUCUAUAUCUGUCCUGUGACGUGUAUCUGACACGUGACAAGCGUCAAAUGACUGCAUGUUUAUUGGCAUUCAUAAAUACAUACGAAAACGUAGUUGCGUUGAAACUGUGUAAAUGUGUAAGUAGUGAUUUCAGUCACUGAUCUCGGAGAUACCUACUCAGUAAUCUCAUUUCGCAGAAAAAACUGAAGUGAAACGAAGGUAUAUAAUACGUUAGUCGAAUUUCAUAGCUGUAGUUCUACUAUAAUAGACACGUAAAUAUUAGUCAAAUUGAUAAAUAACCGUUAGCUGAAUGUACUCGCUCUGUUUGAACAGCAAGAAAGGCGUAUGUUCAUAUAGACUAGUUAUACGUUACACUCGAAGGAAGAAACAUAAACACAUACAUAUUUAUUAUUAAUAAUAUUAGACACACACGCGAAUGUGUUAAGUUCGUUAUAUUUUGUAAUUUUAUAAUUUGUAAAAACUUAGUGUUAAUUGUCAAAAAACUUGUAUUUUGGUUAUGAAAUGUGACAAGUGAAUAUUAUAAAAAGUAAAAAACCAAAUCUAAGAAACUAAAACUUUGGUCCAUUCUUAGUCGCAAAUUUGUGCCGAAAAUUUAUAAAGAAACAAUAAAUAUUUAUAAAUAAAUGUAAAUCGAAAAAGGCAGCAAGUAUUUUGCAUAUUUGAAUUGUCUCCCAUGGAGUCAUUUACACACCUGUAUAAACAUUCAACAGAAUUUAGUUUCAUAAAAAAUGCUGUUUAUCGAUUAAUUAUGUUCGUUACGACGAUUUUGAAUGUAAUUCAGUCCAAUAAAUAAAUAACGAAAAUCUUAA